UAUGAAGCGUGUACGGUGUCCCUUUAUAAAACAUUUCCAACAACAUCGUUUUUCUCAUCUCCCAACUUCACAACCUUAAUCUCUUCUCCUCAAUCUCCACCCUCUCCUCCGCUCUUCCCAUCUUCCAUUCAAGGCCUCUAUAAACGAAGGAAACUGAAGAUGAUGGAAAUCGCGUCCACCAACUACUUGCCUGAACUUGAAAUGGAGUAUCCAACUUUUGUUGAUCAGUACCAGAUGGAUUCUUUUGCAUGUUCACUGGAUGAUUUUGACUUCGAGUCUUUCUCAGGAUCCCCAGAGAGCACUCCAAAUUGUUUCCCAGCUCAAAGUCCUGAUCACUCAUUUACCCCUCCAAGACCAACCAAGAGGCUCAACAACACAUUCAGUACCUUCAAAACUUGUUCCACUGACUCAAUUUCCCACAGUGUUUCCGCUUCUCCAUCCUCCCAGCUCAUUUCUUUUGGCCACUUUAAUCCUUCACCGCGUGCUUCCCAACAAUUUCGCAACUUCCAUGUGAAGCCUAAAAGCGAAAACCCGUCCAGUGAGAACAUGGACUUCACAGACUUCGUUUCUCAAGGUUCAUAUCAGGACAAAAGUUUCUUCAUUUCUGAUAAUCGAACGAACCAGGUUGGCAUAACUGCUAGGAACCCAAUCCAAGCGCAAGAGCACGUAAUAGCCGAAAGAAAACGAAGGGAAAAGCUCAGCCAGAGGUUCAUCGCUCUUUCUGCCGUCCUCCCAGGCCUCAAGAAGAUGGACAAGGCUUCUGUGUUGGGAGAUGCUAUCAAGUACGUGAAACAACUGCGAGAGCGCGUGCAAACUCUAGAGGAGAAAACAGCAAAGAUCACUACUGGUUCUUCAGUCCUGGUGAAAAGAUCCAUUCUCUUUGCUGACGCUGAAAAUUCUGACAGCCACUGCGACAAUUCACUCCCUGAAAUCGAAGUAAGAGUUUCUGGGAAAGACGUACUCAUCAGAACUCAAAGCGAUAAACACAGUGGCCGUGCGGCAGUGAUUCUCAGCGAAUUAGAAAAGCUUCAUUUCAUUGUCCAGAGUAGCAGCCUUUUGCCCUUCGGCAAUAACAAUAUUGACGUAACCAUUAUUGCUCAGAUGAAGGAAAACUACAUGGCAGCAAAGGAUCUCCUAGGAAGGUUACGAAAGGCUUUGAAGCAAGUUGAUGGAGCCUAACUGUUCAAGGAAUUUGUUUAUGAUGUGCAUGAUAUGUAGAAGAAUAAGUUUAGUGAAUAAUGAUUUUCAUCGCAGUGCUUUAUUUUUCCUUUUUCAUCCAUGAAGUGGAUUCUGGAGUUAUAUAUGAAGGGCCUGCGGAGUAGUUUGCAUAGAGUGUACAUGGGUUUGUUCUGCUCUAUAUGGUGUGGGGAUCUUGAACAGAAGCACAUGGUGCCAAGGUGUUUUCUUCUGUUGCUUUUUGCGUAGUUGAUUAUUCGGCUAUGUUACCCUACACCAGAAUAGCAUUUUCAGAUCUUUGGUAGUUUUUUUCCCCUCUUCAAGAGGGGUUUUUGAGAGGCUUUGACUUAUCAUAUAGACCUCUUUCUUGUCGUUUCUCAGCUUGUGAAAAAGGUUCUGGUUUGAUAGAUACUAAAUAGCAGACACAUAUUUUAAAUUUGUUCCUCUUGUCGUUUUGUGCUUGGUUGCUUCUGUAUAAAAUUCUUCUAAUUGUAGCAGCGACAAGUUGCUAUUAUUUUCUUCCUUAAA